AUGCCGCCUCCACCACCGCCUGCAUAUCCCCAUCGCUUAGCGCCUCGAGAGCACGCUGUGGAAGAAGAGUAUUUGGAACGAGAUUCCCAUGGACUCGGCCUGGCCGACCUCUUCGACAUAUCGCUUACUGGAAUUGCCUUCCUUUCUUUUGGCAUGUUCGUGUUACAAGUGCUCAUGUGUAUAACUAUGAACCACCAACAACCACAAGUAAUGCAAAUGGUAGAUAACAGCGAUACUGUCAACGUUGAGGACGUAUUUCGUAUAAAACGCGAUGCCCAAUCGUCAGAGGACUAUUUUCAGAAAAAAAAAUCUAGUUCAAAUUCUGCCAGUUCAAUAUCAGCGAUUAACACGCUUGCUCGUUAUGCCCUAAUAGCUUUGAAGCCUCGAUCUACACCUUGCUUAUACCGAGCUUUGUGUUUGGGUAACAAACAUGCAAGACAUUUGAAAGAUGCUAAUCGUUACUGGUUACCUGUAUGGCAUGGCGGUGUAGCGUGGUCCCGUGGCGGGGCACUCGGCGCGUUGAAGGCCGCCGCGCUGGGGCUGGGCGGCGCCGACUGCGAUCUCUUCUACCCUCCCGCUCAUUGCACAACACAAGGGUUGCGACUUGCGACCGACCCAUACUAGCAUUAUAUACAAAAACGUGACAGCGGAUUUAGUUUCAUCGAAAAUCCCAAUUCACAUUUAUAAAAUUUAAUAAGAUAAUAUACUUAAGUUAUAAAAUA